AUGACCUCUAUAAACCAUCCUAAUAACUUGUGCCUUGUCACCCUUCACUUUCCUUCCUCCACCUCUUGCCACUGCCCUGACCAUGUGCCGCCUAGGGAGCUUGACCAGAAAUUUGAUGAAAAUAAAAAGUGCGAAAUUACCUCAAAUAACAACCCUACUAACAUCCUUAAUAACCUCUGCACUGGCCUCGAAACUUUCCUCGGUUUCUCCUCUGACUCCAAAGGCUACACUGGCUCUGGGAUUGUCUACUCCGACCUGGACAGGCUGUGUGACGGGGUGAUGGGAUUUUUGCAUGGUGUGCUCAGUAACAUCCACAAGCAUUUAGGGCAGCAUAAAAGUACUUUAGAUAGUGCAAUUAACAUCCUUAACACCAAUAAACAGCUUGGUAAAAACGGUUUUAAUGCUGCGAUUGGAGAGGUGGUCGCAGGGGUGCGGGGGUAUAAUGAUGCUGUCAUGAAGUCUAAUAAAAAGGUGAGUGAUGUAUUAACAAAAAUGCAGAAAGAUGCAGAUAAAUAUUCAGCAGAAAGAUUAGAAAAAUUGUUGCCUCCACGAAAUGCGGAUGACCCCGUGAAAAUUGGUAAUCUCAUCGAAGCCGCCAAUGAGACAGUGGCAGAAUGUCUAAAAAAAGCCGACGAAUUUAAUACAGCUUUAGAUAUGAAAAAUAAUGCGGAGGAACUAAGAAACGCAAUGAAAGACUUAAAUCCUAAUUUGAUAACUAAAAUAGAGAAUGUGCGUGAAAAUAUUAAGCAUGAGAGUAAACGAUUGAACAAGUUGGCAGAACAUGAAAAGAAUGAUUUACACAGUAUGGAAGCAGAAAUUAAAACAAAGCUUCACGACGUUAAAUGUAAGGUAAAUGAGCAUAUUAAAAAAAAAGUGAAAGAUCUUGUCGAGAGGCUGAAAGAUAGGGUUCGUGAAAUGCAGACUAAACUGGUGGACAUAAAUGUCGACUUAACUAAGCAUCUCGAGAAGUUAGAGAAGUGGAUGAAAGAUGUUAAAAAGUUCAUAGAUGAACACCCGCGGGUUAAUGCGCAGAAAAUAUUGGAGGAAAUCAAGUGGGACAACGGCGGUGACACCAAUGUCAAACGCAACAAAAUUGACAACGCUGCAAGAGAGUUGAGGAUGAAAGCGGAGGAGCUUUUUAGAGCUGGAGAGGCGGCAAAAAAAACUGUUCAGGAGAAAGUUAGCUUGGCGCUUACGCAGGUGAUAACGAUGAAUGAUGCGCUUAAGCAAGAUUUGUGGAAGGUUAAAGCUAACAUAAAAAAAGCAGUUGUGGCAUUAGGUAAGACGUUGGAAACAAAUGUGAAACAGGAUUUGACGACGUUGAAGGGAAAGAUUAAAAGUGGCUUGCAUCCCAUUGUAGGUGGUGUAGAAACGUUUUCUAAACAAUUUGCUGCCACUAAGCAAGCUAUCGAUGGAGCAAUUCAGGCACUUCAUGGUGACGUUGGAAGACUUAAAGAGCUGGAAAAUGUUGGCACAGCCGACAUGAAAUUUAUUCACGCAUUUAGGGGUAACAACGAUCCUUUUCAAAAGCUCAAAGUAUAUUUCAAGAUACUGGACGAAGAAGUCAUGUCGAAACUUCAGACGGGUAUUACGAAGAUAGGUGAACAGAUGUUAGAAAGACUUGCAUCGUAUGCAGGCGGGAAUAACCUACAAGAUGAACUUAGAAAAUCACCGAUUAAGGAUGGAAUCGCUGAGGCGCUCAAAUCACUAUCCACUGUUAACACACUCGAUAAGCUACCCGAUCUUACUGAGGUAAAAACACUACUGGGGAACAUCAUAUUCGACGAUUUUAAAAAGGAGUUCAAACGGGCGUUUUCUCAAAUAGAUACUCUUAGCGCUACCGUCGCGGAACAAAUUACAAAACAAGAUGUAAAAUCUUUAUUCACUGCAUUAGGUGCAAUUGCUAAAGCUGUAGCCUCUCACUCUGACAAGGUAGUCAAAGCAGUCAUGCAAGGGAUCAACACAAAGGUGAAGACGGAUGUACAGGCGCUGGCAGGAGUCAUGGAUGUUAAGGUGAAGAAAAUUAGCAGUGGUGUACAAAAGGAUCAGGAUGGCGAUAAAGUUGAGUACUACGAAGGCGCGAAGGAAGACGCUAAAGGACUCGCUUGGCUAGUUAGAGAUUUUGAUAAAAACAUUAAAAUUGCCAUUACGAAUUAUCAUGGUCAAUUCGACAGCGAGUUUUUUAAGACGAAUGGCGAAGUAAACAAUUAUAAACUCGGCAGUGAUCUUAUGUCCAAUUUCCACGGGACCUACGAGAAAAACCUCAAAGACGGCGAUUUCAAAACCGACGGUGGAGAAAGCGUACUCAACAAGGAGAUUGGAGUGGAUGACAUGACCAGUGCAGGUGUGCAAGGCAACAAAAUUUCCACUAUUGCUCCUAAAACAUUCACUACUUUUGAAAGGCACGUUAACCAAGAUACCGUAGCCACCUCGCAGGGGAAUAUAGAAAACCUAAACGGUGAACUUCCAAUUAAGAUAAAAGAUAUUAGGGAGCAGGUUGCAGACAUCGCGUUGAAAUCUAUUUCCGACCUCAACGAGCAAGCCGGACAACAGUUAGAGCUGGUCACCAAAACUCUUGACGCUCUUUGCCGUGACGUUAAACGCGCCGCAGAAGACGUUCAAAUAAAUUUGAAUGUACUGAAAAGUACGAAAAUUGACGUUAAUUUAAAACGCAUUCAUGGCCUGAUUGAUGACCUUCGAACAACUCAGCUGGGCGCUGUCAUCGGCUUGACGAACAAUUUCCUCACUCAAUUCGCCGACAAAGCCGGAGAACAAAUCGUCAAAGAUCUCGAGCAGGACGCAAACAUUGAAGUGACAAAAGGCGAAACUGAUAUCAUUCAUGAAUUACGUAAAAGGUAUAUCGCCUUUAUCAAAUUGCUUCUAACAGAGUUCUCCAGCAAAUGCAAGAAUGACCUCUAUGGGCUACCCGAUGAAAUAACAAAGGACGCCGACAAGGGUGCGAAAGGGUUUAUGAAGCAGUUAGCAACAUUCUCUGAGAUGCAUCUUCAACGCGCUGACUUGACCAACCUAGCGUCUUUCUCUCGCCCGGCAACAUCAUUCAUAGGUGACCUGCUUGAAAAAGUAGCCUCAAGUGACGAUAUCGGCGCCAAGCACAACGCACUUUCUCAAAUUGGCAAAGCUGUGAGAACCAUGCUUAACAAAAUAACAAAGUACAAUCACAAAUUCCUCACCCACCUCUCCGCCCUUUCCUCCCUCCUCGCAACCAUCCGCCCCGCAUCCUACGCCGACGACAGCAACCCCCUGCUCGAGUGUCUCAAAAAGGGCGUGCAGAGGAUGUGCGAUGAGCUCGACAAGGCGUACGUGAGCGUGUAUGAUAGUGAGACUUUCGGUGCUGAGCUCGUCGAAAAGAAUAAAGUAACGCCGUAUGGCACUCAGUUGUCCAAGGUGUUCCUGUCCAUCUUGGAGAUAUACAACGAAGAUUUGAGGUACUUGAAAAAUCGUACCAUCCACAAGUGGUCAACAAGUAGAAUAUAUGCUGGUAGCAGUUUAGGCACAUUUUUGCAAAAUAGCGGCUACGGCGUGUCCAACAAUGAGACCGAGCAGAAUGGUCACUUGGACAAGAAUGCCAACGGUACAAAGAUCAUGAGUCUACUUGUAGGCGAAAAUUACGGUCACGUUUACCACAAGAAUAAGAAUUACAAAUUCCAGCUUGAGAACCUAUACGACUGCCUUACGACUUAUUACCGCAUUCGUCACAUCUCCACUGCAGGGUCGAAGAAGUCGCCGUGUAAUAUCUACGAAAUGCUCUGCUGGCUUACGAGUCUGCAAUACAGUUCAGUAUAUCUCAACUUUAUAUCCGAUGAGUUUAGUGACUUGUUCGAUAAGCGGGAAAAUAAAAUCGCCGGAACCAAUGAGGUCGACGGUAUCUCAUUCGAGGACCAAACUGCUAACAAGUUGGCAGCAUACCCACAGAAUAUCACGUAUACAGAAGUACAUAAUGCUAUCGUACAUGUAACUUCGCUGGCACCCGUUCUUCUCACCAGCAUCGUCGGGUAUGGAAACGAGUAUACUACGUACGCCGUUGACUUCUAUUGUAAUACGCAUAAUUUCGCAUACCCUUCAUCGAGCGUUGACUGCCUGAACACGUUAAUUGAACAUCUCCGUAGAAUUGUACCAGUUUUCCAAUUCUUGCUUACCCGAUGUGGCUUUGCCGCUAAGUACCACGGUUGGUCGGACUGUACGUAUGGCAGAGAUGUGAAAUCAUCAACGUGGCCAUGUAAUGAGCACUCAAAGACUGAAGUUGAGUGCCAAUCGACAUCGCCUCUUCAAUCCUUCCUACGUGACUGCCUACCCGGUCACUUGCCUCAUGAGCUCACUUCCACUGGCUGCAAAUCGGAAUGUAAGACGUGUCCCAAAAGCCUACCCGGUGCGCCAUGUAUAACACCACUUGGGUUCAGAGGCUUCACUGGAAGCAAGAAGACAGGCAAAGAGCUAUGUAAAGUGCUGACCAAAUUCCUCGGUAACGGGGUCGCUUCGUGCCUCUUUGGCCUUAUUCCUAAACCGCCCUCAACAUUGUCGCAACACUUUGCUUUUACGAUGUCACUUGUCAGGAAUUGGCAAUCAAACGGCACGCAUUCUCUUAAAACAAAUAUUGAAGCCGCCGUCACGGAGCAAUCUAUUCGUCUUUUUGAACAACCCAGCGAUCUCACAGCUGCGCUACGUAACGCGUACGGUGACGUACGGAGCAGCCAUAAGCGUGAAAGCCAUCCAGAGGCAAAAAAUGCAGACCUCUGUACGCUGUCUACGUCAACGUCAUGUACAUAUGCUAGUAGCGAUAAGCUGCACUGCGGUCCAUAUCUUUCAACUCUGUGCUUGGAAGAAUAUCGUUACUUCGCCGAUAAACAUUGUAACUUAUACCUCUCAUGGGCAGUGUACCUCCCAUGGACAUUCUACGGUUAUCUUAAAGCCCUGCUACAAGCCUUUUGCAGCAUAUCUUGCCAAGACUGGGGAUGUUCGAAAUGCAUCCAUGGAGUCAAAUGUAAGAAAGGACAGCACGGUGUCGACAACUGCCAGUGCCGUGGACUUGUUGAAUGCCGUGGCGUACAAAGCACUUUCUACAAUUACGGAUUCACGUUUGGCAAUCCUGAAACACUUCUAGCAAAAGAAGGUAAAAAAUAUUGCCAUCAUUUCCAUCAACAGCUGAAGUCGGUGCUUGAAUCGCAGUAUUUCGCAAAACUAUUUGAGGAGUGCGAUAAUUUCCUCUGGAUCAUCAGGCAGCCGUUCAUAUGGAUGAACGUCGCACUCUGGUCGCUGUCCCUCUUCUACCUCAUCUGCGUGAUGGUUGGCAGACUGGACGUGCUCCACAUACGCUCACACCUGAGGAUACCGUCGUCGCACAGCAUAACGGCGCAAUCAUUGUUGGCUGCAGCGCAAGUCGGAAGGCUUGCCAAGAUAUCGUAUCUACAACCGUAA